AUGAAAUAAAAUGAUGUUUUUACAAAAAGAGAAACCCUUAGACCAAUCAAUACAUUAACUUGUUUUGAUUCUGCACAUACUAAUUCAGUGUACAUAUUGAAAAUGAAAGAGUUAACUACAAUUUAUAAAUAAGAAAGUGAAUUACUUUAAGAUGAUCUUACUCAUAUGAAUCAACUAGUUAAUUCAUAAAGUGAAGAAAUUUAAAAUGAAAUUGAACCUCAAAUUCUUUAACUAAAAUAAAUGCUUUAAUAGUAAGUUGUUGAAUAUAAUCAUGAAAUGCAAGAUCAGAUAGUUUAAUUAGAAAAUAUUAGGAAUGAUAAUUUGUAAUUAGAAAAAGAAAUAUUUAAAAUACAAUAACGCUUAACUAAAUUAGAUGAUCACAUAGGAUAAUAAGUGCUAUAGAGAAAAUAUGACAUAAAGUUUUCAUGA